AUGGCUGAUUCAAAUCCAACUCAUCCAAACGCUAAAACAACCACCCAUGUUAAUAAUGGAACAACAACAACCAAAACUAAUAUAACCAGUCCAGUUUGUCGCAAUUGCAAGACUCAAAAUACCCCUUUAUGGAGACGUGACGAAACUGGUCAAGUUUUAUGUAAUGCUUGUGGGUUAUUUUUCAAGUUACAUGGUCGUCCAAGACCAAUUAGCCUCAAAACUGAUACUAUCAAAUCAAGAAAUAGAAUCAAACAACCAAAUCCUUCUAAAAAUUCCGGCUCAAAUACUCCAGAAUUUAAAGUCAAAGAUUCUAAAUCAAAUACUUCCUCUAGUGGUAAGAAAUCUCCUAAAUCUUCUAAAAAGAAAUCUUCCAAUACCUCAACUCCAAACACUACAGUUGAUGGCCAUAAUCCUAACUUGACCCCUUUAUUGCCUGCUGCUUAUAACGUCAAAGUUGCCGAUAAAGCAACCUACUCAAAUCAUUUGGGUCCGUUACAUUCUAAUCAUUUACCAAAUCAUUUACAUCAUCAGGUCCAACCUUUACAUUAUCCUUCUUCUACUCCUACCCAAUUUGCUCCUGGUUUACAAAGAAUAACCUCACCCCUUUUAUUAUCAACUACUUCUUCAUUAUCAAAUGCAAGAUCUUCUUCCAACUUGUCGGAUAAGAAAAAUAAUGCAACCUCAACUACUGAUGCUAGUGCUGCUCAAGCUGCUGGUGCUUUAGAAACAAUGUCAAAUGAAUUAGGUCCUAGUGCUACUUUCAAACCAACCAAUAGCAAAAAUGAUUCUAAUAGUACUAAUGGUAUUUCAUUAAUGAAUAAUUCUUCCACUACUAUCAAAAAGGAGCCAACGUCGUCAAUGAUUUUUUCCACUCCUUCCACUGCUUUACAAGCAAACUCUUCAAACCACCCACCACCUCCUAAAUUACCGGCUUUAGGGUCAGGUAAUAACAGUGCCCAUUCCAUUAACUCACCUUCUUUUGGCCCUCAAUUCCAUUUAAAUCGUGAUACUAGAUCAACUUCUCCUCCCGCAAUAAAUCAUAAUUUGAGUAACUCAAAUUCCCCAAGCCAACACAAAACUUCAUUACCCCCAAUUCAUCAAGCUGUCACAAAUGUUAAUCCAAAUAACCAAUUACCACAUUUUCAAAACAGUUUCAGUAACUUAUCAAAUAAUGGAGCCCUUAACCCUCAACAAUCCUAUUCAAAUGAGUCGAACCAAAAUAAUGAGGAUAAAAAUUCUACUUUCAACAAUAGCUCAAAUAUGAACAGUAGCAAUUCAUCUAGUGGUAAUAAUAAUAAUAACAAUAACAAUAACAAUCAUGAAGUGACUCUCUUGAAAACUAGAAUAUCUGAAUUGGAGUUGGUUAAUGAUUUAUAUCGUACCAGAAUUAUGGAGUUAGAAGCAAUGGAGCAAGCAGCUAGAUUAAGAGAGCAAAGCAUGAGAAAAAGAUUGGAUGAAGUUAUCAAAUUACAAGAAUCAGAUUCAAAAGUUAUUUACGAACAACAACAACAAUUACAACAAUUAAACCAACAAGAUCAACAAUCAACAUCUCAAUCUUCGAAUUCUCAAAAAAGAGAACACAUUGACGAUGGAUCAAUUUCAAAUAAAAAAUUAAAGACUGAUUCAUAG